GAACAGGAACAGUAGGCUUCCGUGUGGCGGACACUCCUCUUCCAGGCUGAGUUGGACAAAGCCAUCGUCAGCCUCCAGGGCACCAACAGCAGCCUCUCCACCACUAGGUUGAUUCAGACACUUCCAGCCGCCUCGCUGCGCCUGUCAGCACCACUUUGUCCAUACAGAAGGUCCGCUUCUGGAUCUGACUUCAAACAGUAACGAAAAUGCCUACAAUUAAACUACAGAGUUCUGAUGGAGAACUCUUUGAAGUGGACGUUGAAAUAGCCAAACAGUCCGUCACCAUCAAGACAAUGUUAGAAGAUUUGGGGAUGGACGAUGAAGGAGACGAUGACCCAGUUCCUCUUCCUAAUGUGAACGCUGCCAUCUUAAAAAAGGUGAUUCAGUGGUGCACCCAUCACAAAGACGACCCUCCUCCACCUGAGGAUGACGAGAACAAGGAGAAGAGGACGGAUGACAUUCCUGUGUGGGACCAGGAAUUCCUCAAAGUUGACCAGGGAACCCUGUUUGAGCUAAUUCUGGCCGCCAACUAUUUGGACAUCAAAGGUCUGUUAGACGUCACUUGUAAGACGGUGGCCAACAUGAUUAAAGGCAAAACCCCCGAGGAGAUCAGGAAGACCUUCAACAUUAAAAAUGAUUUCACAGAGGAGGAGGAAGCUCAGGUACGCAAAGAGAACCAGUGGUGUGAAGAGAAGUAGAGGCAACGAUCCUGCCAACACUACCACACUGAAAAGGAUCGUCUCUGAAAAACUGGUUGCACUGGCGUUGUUCAUACUUGUUAAUAUUUACAUUUAGUAUAUUUAAAGCCACGUGACUCCCCCCCCCCCUUUCCUCAGUUUUCCUCGAGCAUGACCAUUUUAACUUGCUUGCGUGGUGAUAUUCAUUUACAGGAGUUUUGUUGCUGCAGUUGUCACGUAUCCACAUUAUUAAAUAAAUAAUAAUAUCAAUAGAUCUGGUUUCAUGGCUUUGUAGCCUCAACAAUUAGAAGGCAGAAUUUUCCCUGUUAUUGCUGUUUUUUGUACUGGACGUGUUUUAUUUUAGAUUCAUUAAUUUUAAUAAAAAGGCUUUUUUGACUAUGGAAUCUAAAGGGUGAACUUAGCUUUUUACCCUGUUAAAUGCAUUUGUUCUGUAAAAUCAUGUUCAAGUGAUUUUGGGCUGUUUUAAGUGGAAAAACAAGUUUAGGUUUGUGGUGGAAACCUUUUUUGCGCCAUGUCCCUUUGGACUUGAAGUACUUUGUUGUGUCACGCAGUGUUGGGUAACACAUUCCUGAUUCAUAUUGUAUUGAAUAGGAACGUUUAGUUUCUUUUUGGAAAAGCUGAUGCUGGUUUUUAGGAUGGUUUCAAACUGAAGGAGUAAAUAAAUCAUGAAAGUUCA